AUCGAAUCAGUGGCAGAACGCAUGCGGAUAUUCCGGUGGCAGCGUGUGUGAGCUUCUGAAACGAUGGAAGCCAAAUCCCCCAAACCCUUUUCUCCUAAAGGCGGAAAGAAGUUUAGUCAGAAAGGAAAAGACUCCAUAGGGACAAAACUGGGAGGAAAACCAGGAGGUAAACCAGGUGGUAAACCAGGCGGUAAACCAGGCGGUAAACCAGGUGGUUAUCUGGGUGGUAAACCAGGAGGAAAACCAGGAGGCAAACUGGGAGGCAAACCAGGUGGUUAUCUGGGCGGUAAACCAGGCGGUAAGAAACCCUUCAAGCCGUACAACAACGCAGAGAAGAAGAGCCGGCCGGAGGGGCAGGGGAAACCUAACGUCACUAAAGAACAGAAGUUUGGUUUCUCCAAACCAAAUCUGGUGAAAGCUAAGAAGAGGAAACUCCAGCCAGGGAAAGAUGACGAUGAAGAGGGCGAAGCCGCAGGAGCAAAGAAGACAAAGAAAGGCGAAUCGGAGCCGAAGAAGGAGAUGACGGAGGAGGAGAUUAAGAAAAACCGUCAGCAGGCGAAGAAGGACCUGAAGAAGAACAGGCAGCAGGCGGAGAGGAAGGACAUGUUCGAGAUCAUCUGUCACGCCAAGCAAGUCUGGGGAAGCCUGAGGAGGAAGAAAUGUGACGAGGAGGCGAAGAAGAAACUCAUGAAGGAGCUUCAUGAUCUGAUCCGUGGGAAAACCAAACAGAUGGCGUUUGCUCACGACUCGGUGCGAGUGCUGCAGUGCUUCCUGCAGUUCGGGAGCCACGAGCAGAGGAAGGAAGUGUUCGAUGAACUGAAAGAUGAUGUCAUUGGUUUGUGUAAGUCUCAAUAUGGCCGACAUGUGGUGAAGAAGCUGCUGAUGUACGGGAACAAGGAGCUGUUGGCGGCCGUGAUUCAAACGUUUAAAGGUCACGUGCGCACGAUGCUGCGUCACUCGGCCGCCUCGUCCAUCAUCGAGUACGCCUACAACGACAAGGCCGUGCUGGCACAGAGACUCAUGCUCACGGAGGAGCUGUACGGCACCACCUUCAUCGUCUGCAAGUCCUCGGUGUGUAACACCAUCGAGAAGGUGGCGGAGGGGAACCCGGGGAAGUUGAACAACAUAAUCGACGAGAUGAAGCAGAGUCUCACACCCAUGGCCACAAAGGAGCAGGUGAUCAAACACUCGCUGGUUCACAAGGUUUUCCUGGAUUUCUUCCACUUCUCACCUGAGAAGCCCAGAACGGAAAUGAUCGAGUCCAUCAGAGAGUCGGUCGUCUACAUGGCUCACACACACGACGGAGCACGAGUGGCUAUGCACUGCUUCUGGCACGGGACGGCCAAGGACAGAAAAGUCAUCAUCAAAACUAUGAAGACGUUCAUGGUGAAGUUUGCGACGGGGGAGUUCGGUCACCUGGUUCUUCUGGCUCUGUUCGACAGUGUGGACGACACCAAGCUGGUGAAACAAGCCGUGCUCUCAGAGAUCCUGUUGUCUCUGGACGAGGUCAUCAACAACAAGUACGGUAAGAAGGUUCUGUUGUACCUGCUGAGCCCCAGAGACCCGGCCCACCUGCUGCCAGAGAUCACCAAGGUGCUGGAGAAGGGAGACGGAAACGCUCACAGUAAAAAGGAACCUGCGAUCCGGAGGAAGGAGCUGCUGGAGGUGGUGUCCCCCCCGCUGCUGGAGUAUCUCCGGGACAACGCCGGCACCAUGGUGAUGGUGAAGGCCACCAGCGUCACCGUCAGCGACAUCCUGGCGUCGGCGUGCGGCGACCUGAGGCCCGCCAUGACGGCCGUGGCUCAGCUGGCCAACGAGGAGCUGGUGCCGGGGGGGAUCGACGGCCGGCUCCACAUGGCCGAACAUCCUGCAGGACACCUGGUGCUGAAGUGGCUCAUCGAGCAGGACAUGACGCUGGCCGAGGCCGAGAAAGAAGAGCGGUUUGGCAGGAUCCUGGUGGACACGGUGGGAACCGACAAAAUGAAGAGCUGGGUGAAGGUGAACAGGGGAGCCAUGGUUCUCUGCAGCCUCCUGAACAGCUGUGACAAGUCCGUGUCCUCGGAGGUGAAGGAUUCUCUGAAGUCCAUCACGUCUCAGCUCAGCAGCAUCACCAACAACAAAGGGGCUGAAAUCCUGUUGGAGAACCUGAACAAGUAGAGACUUUUAAUUUGAAAAAACAACCUGCUCACAUGAAACGUCCUGUUCAGCCCGACCAGACGGCGAGAGUCCGAGGGAACGUUUGAAGGACGUGGACACAACCUGGGACACGUUGGUGUGAAUAAUGAAAUAAACGUGUUUAAAGGAUGAUGAGGAAAAAGCGUCAAAUACCAUUUUGACAGCAAAGAGCCCAUAUUGUUGUUUGGGCUUUUCUCUUCCUUUAGAAGACGACUUUUGUGACUCGCUCACUAACCUCUUCGGUCAUUCAGCAGCCAAUCAUCUUGCAUAUUUAGUUUUAUACAUCUGUAGUAAACAGCUUUAAGUUCAUGUUUUAACACAUCUCACAACCUCCACAAAUACAAAGCUAAACUAUCUGCCUGGUGACAUAAAACCUAAAGAUUUAUUUUCUGGAUAAUUUGGAUAAACUGGUCCUUCAACUAGGACACGUUAACCUGUGGUUGAGUGAGUGAGUCUCCACAACUUCCUGUCCACUGAUCCUCAUCCAUCCUGUUGUAUUUGUUCUUUAAUAUUCUCUUUGUCAUGAUUGUUUCAGAUGAAAAAUGCAAAAUAAAUAUUUCUGAAACUGUUUAAA